CCUGUGCUGCUAGAAGGGAAGCUAGGGCAGCAGCAGUUUAGUUUGGUGCAAUUUUUCGUGAAAAGCUCUACUUACAUUCACCCCUCUGCUGUCUGCACACACUGUCUGUCUGUCUAUUCCUGUUCGUCUAACAAACUGCUCUGGGUUCCCCCCUGUCUGGGCCUGUCUGUGAAGAUUACCGAGGACAAAACCAUGGAAAUUUGUUUGAAAUAGUGAAGUGCGUCCUGUUUUUCGUGAAUUUCGUGUCGUGAGUGUGAUUUUAGGUUUUUAACCAACCUCGAGAGGAAAAAAAAGGAAAAACCUCAAGGCAAGGACUGCAUGUGCUCUCUCUCCCCCCUCGAAAGAAAAAAAGGACUAUGAACUUGACCGAAUGAUCGCGCCCUCAAGGAUACCAGCAUAGAGUCAUGAAUUUUUCCGCCUUCGGAGGUCCCUUCUCGGGGAUCCACCAGUUUGCGGCCAAAUUUGGCAGCAACGAUGGGGCCUUCACAAGCACCAGCAAUUCUGCGACGGCGGCGGCGGCCAACGCGACGGGAAAUGGCGCCGGACCAGGUGGCGUCGGAGGGGGUGGUGGCGGCCAGGGCGGAACCUCGGGCGCCACAAACCUGGUCCAACAGCAGCAGCAGGACCUUAACCGAUACCACGGAUCCAACGGGAAUCACUUCAAUCAGAAUUCUACCUCAAUGAUCAACACACCGAUGUCCUACGGCCAAAACAUUUCGCUUCCGUACAGCCAACCGCAAACCGCCGACCACGGCACGGGUGGCUUCGUGCAGAAUAUGCAAACCGAGCAGAACAAGCUGAAGAACGCGACGAUCAAGGUCGACCGGGACGAGAUGAUCAACCAGCAGAUUCUGCAGAACGUGAACCAGUCGUGGCAAACGUUGGCCAAUCCGUCGAACACGGUGGACUAUUCGUCCCAUCUGCUGUCCGCGACACUGCCAAUUUCGAUCCAGCACUUCCUCAAGUACUCGGAAUCGAUCAAGAAGGAAUCGAACGGGGUUGGGACCGGGUUGACCUCGCCGGGACCGCUGAGUGGACUGAUUGGGGUUGAGACGAACGCGUUUAACGUGCAGAAGGACUUGCUGAAUCUGAAGAAUGGAAACAAUUUAAACUUGGCGUUGGGGAACGUAGCUGUAAGUGCUGCUGCCGCCAGCCUGGGAUUGAACCACCAGCAUUUGACUCAUCACAAUAACCACCAGGACAAUGGUCACGGGUACGGAAACGUGAACCAGCUGUCCCAGAUCGCAACCAAUGGCCAAACGCAAAAUGCCAACCAGCAGCAGAGCAUGAUUAACGGCGGAACGGGUCCGGCUGUAGCGGCCAACGGUGGCCAAAACGGCACCACCAACGGAACGGACUCGACCGCGACGACGACCACCGCAACAACCACCGGAACCGGGCUGACCAAAUCCGGCAAGCCACGCAAGAAGAAGGAAAAGAAACGCAAACCACCGAAGGAGAAGAAACCCCGACCGAAGCCGGGCCAAAUCCGGGAGACGAAGGCCCUCGACGGGUCACCGCUGUUUUGCUGUCCCGAGUGUCAGAUGGCCUAUCCGGAGCGUGGCCUGAUCGAGCAGCACGUCAUUUCGCACGCCGUUGAGCGUCGCUUCGUGUGUGACAUUUGCCACGCGGCGCUCAAGCGGAAGGACCACCUGACGCGCCACAAGCUGUCGCACAUUCCGGACCGGCCGCACAUUUGCAGUAUAUGUUUGAAAUCGUUCAAACGCAAAGAACAAUUAACACUGCACAUUGUGAUUCACACCGGCGAGAAAAAGCACGUGUGCAUCGAGUGCGGCAAAGGCUUCUACCGCAAGGACCACCUCCGCAAGCACACCCGUUCGCACAUCGCCCGGCGCGUCAAGUCGGAAAUGUCAACGCAGGGCGGUGGGAGUGGCAGCGGCAGUGGCACCGGUUCCGGCUCCAGUGCUGCCAACCAGAACCAGAACAACUCGGCGGUCAAUAAUGCCGCCCUGGCCCCGUCGCUGAUGGCCACCAACAUGCAGGGCGCUCCGGUGACCGCCUCCUGAGCCUCGUACAAGGACUUUUGGUAAGGUGGAUGUUCUUCAGCUCUUCUACUGCUAGAAGAUCUCGGGUAGUUUGAGCAAUGUUGGUUCCUUUCGCACGCGAUGGGUUUGGCGGAAGAUAUUGCCUCUCGUUUGGGGACUUGUUUUUCAUUUUCUUGUUUUUAAGCACAACAACCGAUCAAUAGUUCUUGUUAAGGUGAAGCAAUUUUUCGGUUCUACCACAAUCUAGCCACAAUUAAAUAGACCAUUUUACAACUCUCUCUAAAAGGAGAGUGACAGUUAGCACUAAUUUAGGAACCAAAACGGAUCGCACUGUGAUGCCAAACCUGGCCAACAUUGCCCUGCCCGAGGGAACAUCACUGAAAACCUUACCAGAAAGUCCAUACGAUGGUUUUUGUGUACUAUUAUGCAAAGCCAAAUCCCCCUUUUACUCUCCACCUGAGUUAUACUUAAUUUAUUGAAGUAUGCUAAUGAAAAAA